AUGGCUGAACGUCCGUCAGGUCUAAACAGGAACCCGACCGCCCCUCCUGUCAUGGCAAACGGUCACUUUGCUACCGCCGAUCAGGGCGACGCCGCCGCCUACGAGCAUGGCGUGCAGGUCAUUGACGAGAAUAAGGAGUUCAAUGCGAACCUAUCCAAAUACCUCUCCAUCGAAGAUGUCACCUCCGCCGGAUUCAACUACCACCUCAUCUCUGUGUUCGGUUCACAGUCAACUGGCAAGAGUACCUUGCUGAACCAUCUCUUCGGGACUCAGUUUUCUGUUAUGUCGGAGCUGGAGCGGAGGCAGACUACCAAGGAUAAUAUCUUGGUAAUGGACGUUGAGGGUACCGAUGGUCGUGAGCGCGGCGAAGACCAGGACUUCGAGCGCAAAAGUGCUUUGUUCGCCCUCGCGACCAGCGAGGUCCUUAUUGUUAAUAUCUGGGAGCACCAAGUGGGGUUGUAUCAGGGAGCGAACAUGGGUCUCCUGAAGACCGUCUUUGAGGUGAACUUGCAAUUAUUCUUGAAGGACAAGACCACCACCCACCGAUCCCUCCUGUUCUUCGUACUGCGUGAUUUCAUUGACCUGGGCCGACUUUGGUCAACGAUCUCUAAGCCACCAGGAUUGGAGAACUCGACUAUCCACGAUUACUUCGAUUUCGCAUUCUACGGCCUUCCUCACAAGAGCUACCAGCCCGAGCAAUUCAAGUCGGAGGCUAACAAGCUGGCGCUGCGCUUCCGCGAAGGGCGCCGGGACCCCAGGAGAGAUGCACUCAAGGGCGAAUUCUCGGAGGAAGGUGUUUUCUUGCCUGAGUACCAUCGCCGCAUCCCAGCCGAUGGAUUCUCGCACUACGCAGAGGGAAUCUGGGACCAAAUUGUGAACAACAAGGAUCUCGAUCUACCGACCCAGCAGGAGCUUCUUGCUCAGUUCCGUUGUGAUGAAAUUCUGCGCGAGGUCAUGAUUGGCUUUGAUGAAGCAAUUGUUGCCUUUGAAGAUAAGCAGAAUGAAGCUGUCCGAUCGGGCACCCCAGCGGUUCUGGGAGGCCUAGGUGCCGCUAUGCGAGGCGCGCGCUCCAAGACCUUGAAGGGAUUUGAGACUGAAGCUAGCCGCUACCACAAGGGCGUCUACCAGCGUAAGAAGGCGGAGCUGGAAGGCAAGGUUGAUACUCGCCUGAAGGCCCUCUUCCAUGGUCAGCUUUCAGCGGCACACAAGUCGGGUAUCAGUGAGUUUAGUGACUCGGUCACCAAUGCUGUCAAGUCCGGCCAGAAGAAGGGCGGAAGCUACGACUUUGCCGAAAUUGUCAGCCAAGAGGCCAAGGCCGCCCUGGAGAAGUUUGAGCAGGUUGCUCGAUCUACCUUGGUCGAGGGUGCCAGUUGGAGCAACUACAAGCAAGAACUAAAGCUGUACGAGAAAGAACUGUCCGAAGUGAGCGCUCGUUUGCGCCGCGACGAGAUGCGACGCCUUGCCAGCCGUGUGGAGCGAUGGGUGCAGUCUCGCUUGGGUGAAUCCAUUGGCCUCGAGUUCAAUAAUCUUGGCUCGGGCCGCAGCGGUAGCGGCGCCCCCGAGAGCGGCGACAAGCCUACCGAGAAGGCCUUCUGGGAUCGAGUGUGGGAUGUAUUUGCCGACACCGUGCUCGACGCGGAGCGCCGUUUCACGGAACGGGCUAGCAGCUUCGAUGCUAGCCUGGAAGAGGUCGAUGUCGGGCUUUGGCGUCUUCGCCGAAAGUCUUGGGGUGUCUUGCGUGCUAAAAUCGACGAGGAAAUGACUGAAGGAGGUGUCCCGCGCAUCUGGCGGCCGACAGACGACAUUGAAGGCAUAUAUACCCGUGCCCGCGAGUCAACACUGACACUCAUCCCUCUUCUGUCUCGCUUCCGUCUGGAUAAGACAUCUGCGCCGCCUCCGCUUGAGACCUGGAUUGGGCAUACCCCAAGCUCGGCCACAACGGCAGACGAAGAAGAUCUGGCCCCUAUUGGAGGGGUCGACGAUGACGAGGGCAAGAGCCUCGAAGAGGAAACCACGAUUCUAGGCGAUGCGAAGCGCCAAGAACUCACCGUUCGCUUUAAGAAGGCUGCCGAUGGUGUUUACGUCGAAGCAAAACGCAGCGCCAUCGGUGGUAUCACUCAGGUGCCUCUUUAUUUCUAUGGUAUCCUUCUCGCCCUGGGAUGGAAUGAAAUCAUCGCCGUCCUCCGCAACCCUGCAUACUUCUUCCUACUGUUCGUGUGUGCUGUUGGUGCCUACGUCACCUACCAGCUCAACUUGUGGGGCCCAAUUCUGAAGAUGACCGAGGCUGCCUCGCAACAAGCUUUAGUAGAGGGAAAACGCCGGCUGCGCGAGUUCCUCGAGGCGUCUGACACCGGCCGACAGGCCAUGGCCAUGUCGGCCGGGUCAGGCCAAAAGGAAGAGUAUGAGAUGUCAAACCUGUCGAAGCGUGAUGCGAAGGUCGACGAUGACCUGAAUGACCUGUAA